AUGGCAGAAAUUAUUCAUAGAGGGAGUUACAUGUUGACAGAAUGGCGGAAUGCACGUCAAAUUGAGGAGCUGCCGUCGUCACGACAACAAACUCAUCCUGAUAGGGUGAAAUGGCAACGACCACCCAAUAGCUUCGUAAAGUGUAAUGUUGACACUUCAUUCUCUCAGAACUACAAUAAAGUGGGUAUUGGAAUAUGUUUAAGAGAUGAAUUUGGUAUGUUUAUAGGAGCUAAAACUAUAUGGCUGCAACCGAUUAUGUCAGUUGACAUAGGAGAAGCAUCAGGAUUACUAGCCGCUAUGGAAUGGGUAAGAGAAUUGGAGUUCAAGAAAGUUAUCUUCUGUUUAGAUUCAAAAGGAGUAGUAGACUCAUUCAACUCACAUGUUCGAGAUGACACAGAGCUUGGUUCCAUCUUAGAGGUGUAG